GCGAACCGUGUCUCAUACUAACACUGCACACCUCGCCCUCUGAAGGCUGUCAGCCGCCACUGCAAUCCUUCAAACCCUCCACUCUCCACUCCUUCACUCCCCGACUCUCAUUAGCUAGAAGAUGGCGGACUGCACCUCACUGUUAGAUGAAGAGCUCUCUUCAUUCGUCUUCAAUUACUUGACAGAAAACACCGGAAGCCAGUUUGGGGAGAAGGAAGUCUGCACUGACCGCCUGGAUGCUGAUUUCCCUGAGAUUGACUUCUUCCACCUGGACUCCAGUGAUUUUGAUUCUGCGAGCUGCCUCAGCGAGCUGCAAUGGUGCAACGACCAAUCAGCAGCCGCCUCUGCCUCAAGCCAGUUCAGCGUGGGCGACUCAGAGCUCUUUGAGACAGAAGAGGAGAAUGCUGCACUGCUGGCUGCCCUCACAGACAGUCUGGACGGGAUGGUGGUGGAUGAGGUGGGGGGGCUGUCUGUGUUCCCCUUGCUCGGGGAGGUGGCUGAGGGGCAGGAGGAGGAGGAGGAGGAGGAGCCCAACUUGGAAGAAAGUCACCCAUUCCCAGCCCCCCCCAGCCCAGAGACUGAAGACCUGUCUCUACUCAAAAAGCUCCUACUCUCCCCUGCCAAUGUGCCUGUCAGUUAUGAAACACACAAACAAGGCAGCAUCCAUCGCCAUAGCAACAGGAUCCACAAGUCGAAAUCACAGUGGCCUUCAGUCAAGUGUCUCAGCGGCUUGGACAGAAAGCCCAGAGGAUUCCUCCCUCCCAGCCGCAAGUGCUCAGAGUUGCACCGGCACCUGACCUGUGGCCCUGAGACUGAGGACAGUGAGGAGGAAAGUGGCUCUGAAGAGGACUCCUCCAGCGAGGCUGAGGCCCCCACUCCGCCUGGCCCCCCACAGUACGGCUCGCCAGAGGAGCUGCGCUCGGUGGUGGAUCUCAUCAGGUACAUGCACACCUACUGCCUUCCCGUCCGCAAGCACCCCGGUGCAGACAGGAAGGAGCGCGAGUGCCCAGGCUCCGUGCAGAAAGCCAGGCCAGACUGCCCCUUGCCGAGUGUCAAGGCAGCCCCUCAGACAGACAGCUGCAAGCGCACUUGGGGUGUGUUUGUGCACAAGAGAGAGGUGAAGGGACAGUCGCUACUCAGGGAGCUCUUGGAGUCAUCCUCCUGCUACGACGUGAGCAAGCCUUACAGGAUCCGCAGCCCUCCCUACGUCGCCUCCCGCUCUCCCAAAGGGGCUCUGCCUUGGACCCCUGUGAUGAAGGAACAGGACCACAAGGUCAAACUGGAGCCAGUGAUCGCUGUUCCGAGAGCCAUGGAGAAGGUGACUCCAGAUUCUACCCCGGAGGCCGCAGCAUCAGCGCCGGGAAUGAAAGUGGAAGGGGCCUCCUUUUCUGUGAGGCGCUCCAGGAGACUGGCCUCAUGCCCCGGGCGCUUCGCCAAGAAGCCUAGCUGGGGAGGAGCAUGGAGGGUGAAGGCGGAGCCAGUGCCAGGCCUGGGGGAGGGGAAAGAGGUGGGGUCUACGAAGCGCCGCCCAGCAGAAAGACCCAGCCAAAGCACGAGCUGCAAGAAGAAAUUGGAAAUGUCAGCAGUGAUCAACUCAUCGGCAGCUCAAAAUGAGAAACGUGCCUGCCUGACCCUUCCUCUGACUCCCAAACCCCAAGGUGAUAACAAGCCCUUUGAACAGACACUGAGAGUGGAGCUGUGCGGAACUGCAGGGCUCACACCUCCCACCACACCUCCACACAAACCACUCGAGGACGACCUCUUCAAGCCAGAGGUCAAAGGGGAGUCCCCCCUGAAAGGCUCCUGCCUGCCCGCUGGGGGAGGGGGGAGAUCAGCCUCGCGGAAGACGCCGGAACAGACAGAGCUGUAUGCGCAACUACGUAAAGAGGGCAAGGUGGGCGAAGAAGUGGCGAGCCAGGGAGGCAGGAGAACCGUCCAGCGCACCUUUGGGGACCAUGACUACUGCCUGCAGAGCAUGCCGGGGGAGCGCCGCAAGAAGCCGUCGCCCCCUGCCUGCCAGGAGGAGGAAGAGCACGGGGUCAGCGCCAGGCUGAGGCGACACUUCGGCCCACCACGUGAUGAGCGGCUCUUCUCCAAGGUCCCGGAGUAUCUGCGGUGGCCAGACAGCGAGGGGGAGGGCUCCCCGCGGUCCCGAUCCGGGUCACCCCUAGCCUUAGCCAUUCGUAACUCCGGGGAGUCCCCAGAGCGCUUGUCACGACCCACAACUCCUGGGCGACUCGCCACCUGCACCCCAUGCUGUCGUUCCAGAUCUCCAAACGGGCGUCAGAGUUUCAGCUGCGAGAACUCGGGGACGUGUCACCAGGAGAAACAAAGAAAUAAAAGCACUGAUGAUUGUCGCUUGUUGCGCAUUCAUCACCUCCCGAACGGAGUCACCCAGCCAAUGCUUCGGCGACACUUUGAGUCAUUCAGAGAGCUGGAGGACUGCAGAAUCGUCAUGAAGAACAGCGAGAGGUGUGGCCUCAUUACCUACCAGCAGACUGGCUCCACCCCUCUGGGCUGGAGGAAUGAGCAGGCGGCUCGGAACAGACGAGAGCCCGCCGCCCAGAUUACCAUUGGAGGUCUGCGGAGGUUCUGCAGGAAGCCCUACAUCGACCUGGACGAUGGUGGCCUGGUCCCAGUGAAGAGCAAGUAUGAUGCCAUGGACUUCGACACCCUGCUGAAGGAGGCACAGAAAAGCCUGCAUCGCUGACAAGCCUUAACUCAACGGGGGCACGCCUCAGUACCUCAACCAGGGCAACUCCUUAUGUUUACCUUUUUAACAUUGGAAGAAGAAGAAGAAAUACCUUGUCUUUUUUUUUAAAAAAGGAAAAAGUUUACAUUGAACAGAACCUGCUUCCUGUGUGUGUGUGUGUGUGUGUGUGUGUGUGUGUGUGUGUGUGUGUGUGUGUGUGUGUGUUUUCAACAUGAACACCCCCAACCCCACAGGGCAGGGCUGUGUAGCAAUAGGGUUUCCCCCAUUGGUUGUUGUGACGUGCGUGUGUGUGUGUGUGUCGAUUUUAUUAUCCUUGAUUAUCAUUGGAGGGAAGGGGUGUGAGAUUCGCAGCUGAAUUCUCCAAUUAGUCAUCUAGCAACUGCUUUAACAUAGCCUGAAUCGUUGGAUGUAAACUGUGUGCAUUCGUGCAAAACAAACAAACAAACGGACAAAACGGAAUGGUUUACACAUAUACAAAAUCAACUUGUUUUGUAAAUGUUAGUGCUUCCUCGUGUCAUCUAUGCACUUUGAAAGAGGUGAUGAUCUUUCUGCCCCCCCGCCCCCCGUCCCUCAGUGUCUGCUGGUUUUUGUGGAGGAAGCAGAAUUGAUGUGUGGGAGCAAGAGUGAAUUUAAUUGGCUAAUGCUGCCUGGAACUGCAGAGGACUUCCUGUGCACACUGCUGCUCCACAAACAAGCGCCACCCUGCUUUGAAUGUUCCACACACUACUACUAGAGAACUCUCCUCAGAGAGGGGGCCUGCUGUAUCACCGGAGGCUCCUGGGUUUCUAUUGAGAUCCCCAAAGGAAGGAAGCACGUUUCAGUGUCCUCCCUGGGUGGCGGCGCUUUGCCUCUUGGAUGCAACAGAAAUGAGCUUUCUACAGAGCAGAGCAGAUUUCAGAGGCUUUGACAGAGAAUCCAGCAUCCUCGUGCCGCUGAGUAAUCAGAGGGGGCUUCUUCUACCUCAUGUGACAUUUCUUUUCUCUCUCCCUUUCAGAGGCGGGGGGACAGGGCACAAAUCUGAGCCAUCCUCAAAAGCACUCGUGGCUCUAUAUAUCCCAUUGUUCCAUGUGUCUCUUUAGCCUCCUGUAAGUAGAGAUCUAUAUCUGCGUCUGGUCCCUGUCUCGUCCCUGUCUUGUCUCUGUAGUGUAAUUGUUGUGGUAAGCAAGCCCUAAGGCUUGUGAUUGAGACGUCUGGAUAACCAGUCUCUUUCUGUCUCUGUGUCUGGUUCUUGCCCCUGUGGCAGUUUACCUGCCCUAGCCGAGGGGGUGGGCCCCUCCCCACUUCAGAUUUUCCUUCUCUUUUUACACAAUAAAUUGUUUACAACACUUGACUCUCCUUCCAAUUUAAUAGAACACAAACUAAGUACAACAGAAAAAAAACAGCCUUAUUCAGUAAAGCCUGUCUGGGCUGUUUGGGCUUUUCUUGGCAUUGAGAUUCUUUUAGUGUUAUACAUAAUGUACCUGCGUUAACCUUACUGAUCGUGUGCGGUCCGAAUGAGUUUCUGUACUUAGUAUGUAUACUAUUAAAUCGUGAGAGAAUGUGCUGGUUUACAUCAUUAAUCUUGUUAUAUAACCGCU